AUGGGUGUCAGCUACCUACAACACCAGUUCAAACCAAUGGGUACUCCAAGAAGGGAUAAUCUUGUGAUUGAGGAUGAGAAUGGAGAGGUAUGGCUUGUAGAGGAUAACUUUGAAUCAAACAUCCAACUUGAUUUAAUCCAACAAAAGUUGGAGCGAGACUUUAUUGGAAACUAUUAUAGUGUCAGAGAUGUGAGAAGAGAUGAGUCUGAUUAUUAUGGAAAGUGUAAUCAGUCUUUGAGUCUUUGUUGUAAUCAAACAAUAUCAAGGACAUUGGUCCAAGAUCCUCAAUCUCAUGUUGAGAUGUUCAUCUUAUCACUCUCGCCAUCAUCAUUGGUGUCCAGUGCAAUCAUUGAUGUUCAAGGCUAUCGAGAGAUCAACAUAACCAAUCAAUCAACAUUCCAAUCACCCAACCUAACAAUAUCCAUUCAGGGAUCGGUCAACAAUGUUGAUGCCAUCAACAUAUUCCAACAAUACUACCUUGCAUUCACUGACUCCAACACAACCUUCCUCGUACCAAGAUCACUUGUUGGAACCAAAGAGAAUCAGAUUGGUAUGCAACCCUCUACAUUCCUGAACAGGACAACCUGUGACACACCUCUUGGACAGUUCGUCCAGACCAAUCCAAACAUUGAUGACCAGUUUGCAGUUGUCCGUGGAAACACGAUUGAACGUCUACUCAAUGGAGAGUGUAACCUCCAAGUUGGUGGAGUCGUACCCAACUUUGUCCUGUCAUGCUCCAACUACCAAUCAUUCAUCACAUUCAAGUUGAAUGCUGCCCAAUUCCCUCUAGUGCAAGCUAAUGGAGUGCCAUCAAUAGUUAACACAGCAUCACUUCCAUUUGGUGAUGAUAGGUAUUAUACUGAAGCGAUCAUUGAUGUUAAUUGUCCAUCUGGUCUAUGCUUUGUCCAGUUUAAAUCGUUCAUGUGCUGUGUUGAUGGAGCAGACUGCAGUGGUCAAUCAAUCAACAUAUACCCAUCGACCAAAGUAUCAAUGGUCAUCGAUAGCAACAAGACAAAGAGGCAAUCAUUCUACAUUCAGAGUAGAAGAGCAAUGUCAACAAGUGGAUACUGCAAGAUUGCCUACUUCAAUGGCCUCAAGUUCGUACAGAACAUCCAGGUCAACUUCACUACCACCCAAUUUCCACCUCCUCCAGACACCAUGGUAGACGAUGGAGCAGCGCCUCAGUCAAAGGAUGGAAGAGUGUUCAAGUCCACCUAUGCUGAUAUAUGUAGUAGCAAGGUACCACCAGCUUACUUCUACAAUGGAUCGUGUUAUACAAUCCCAGAUUGUACAGGCGAUCGAAAGUUUGAUACACUUGCCAGAGCAUGUCGACCAAACUGUCCACCAGAUAGGACAUAUUACAAUCCGGAAACGCUCACCUGUUCCACUGUACCCAAAUGCACCAAUGGUACAUACGAUAGUGUGUCUGGAAGGUGUAUUCAAUCAAUCGGAGGUGUCAAUACAUGUGUAGUUGGAGAUGAUCCCAAUUGUACAUCUAAAAAUGGAACGACACCAACGUUCAAUACUGGAAUUGGUAACUAUGGCAAUGUGUCUGUACCUCAACAAGUACCAAGCACAUCAAUGUCAUCAGGGGCUGUAAGUAUUGAUUGA